AUGACCACGGAGAGUAUAGGUGCCGUCUUAUUUGACAUAUUUGCAGGUGCCACACAGACCACGGGAGUUGCCUUGGAGUGGGCAAUGGCUGAGCUCGUCCGUCAUCCCGAAGCCAUGGCCAAAGCACAGCUUGAGAUCCGAGAGGUGCUAGGUCAAGGCCGAGCUGUGAUUACUAAUAGUGACCUCGCUGAACUCCACUACAUGCGGAUGAUCAUUAAGGAGGUUCUUAGACUGCAUCCACCAGGUCCUUUGAUCCCCCAUAGGGUCAGGGAAGACUGUAAAGUUAUGGGUUUUGACAUGCUUGAAGGCACCAAUGUAUACAUUAACGCGUUUGCAGUUUCGAGGGAUCCAAAUUGUUGGGAAAGUCCUGAAGAGUUUAAGCCUGAAAGGUUUGAGAACAAUAACAUGGAUUACAAUGGGACAUACUUUGAAUUCACCCCCUUCGGUGCUGGUCGGAGGCAGUGCCCUGGGAUACUUUUCGGCACGUCAACUAUGGAGAUCGCCUUGGAAAAUCUUCUCUACCACUUCGACUGGGUGCUUCCUGGCAAGGCAAGCCCGGAAUUUUUGGACAUGACCGAGAAAUAUGGGAUCAUCGUAGGAAGAAAAUAUGACCUACAAUUGAUACCUAUUUCCCGUGGAGGUUUCCAUGCCACAUAG